AUGUGUCGUUGGUUUGCAUAUCUGGGCGACGAGCCCCAGCUUCUCGAAGAUCUGAUCAUCCGACCGCGCCACGCCAUAGUGAAGCAAGUCGAUGAGCAUUUCCUCCCGGCCGGACAUGCAAAAGCGCGACCGUUUCUGGGCGAGCUCCAAGUCGCUCCAUUGUCGGCCAACGAUGCCGGCUCACCGAAUCCAUUGACCAACAUGGACGGGUUCGGGGUCGCGUGGUUCACGUCGUCCGAGUGCGAUUUCAACCCAUACACGGAUUUCAAGUGGCCCGAGUCACUUCGGCCAGUCACUUACAAGAACAUCCGGCCGCCGCUGAACGACUUGGUGCUCAAGAGCAUCGUCCGGGGAACUAGUAGCAAUGCUGUCCUCGCACAUAUUCGCGCGGCCCCAGGGUUGACUCCCGUAGUCGAGACCAACUGCCAUCCGUUUGUCUUUGGCCGCCACCUGUUCGCGCACAACGGCAUCCUUGGAUCGUUUCCACGGAUUCGGACAGCCAUCUUGCAGUAUCUGCCGCUGAGGUACCAGCAGGCCAUUGUGGGAACAACCGAUGCUGAGCACAUUGCGGCCGUGUACUUUUUCAUCCUGUGCGGCAAAGACGGGAACUGGGAGACCAUGUAUGACGCCGGAGAGAUGGCGGCAGCGAUGAGGGAGACGAUCGUCAUGCUGGAAAAGAUGCAGACCGAGUUUGGGCCGGUGGAGCGGGAAUUCAACACAUUGAAUCUCGUAGCCAUGUCCGGCAGCACGUUGGUGGCGGUGCGAUACGGCAGUCCGAAGGGUCUUGAGCCGCCGAGCCUGUACUACUCGACCACGGCCGGGGCGACGCUCAACCGCAAGUACAAGGGGUUUCCGAGCGACAUGGGCGACGGCGAGGACGGCGGGGACGGCGGGGACGGCGAUUCUGACGAUGACGGACGCCUGGAGAAGUCGGGCCACGGAGAGCAUGUGGUGGUGGCCAGUGAGCCGAGCACCUUCAACCAGGGCGAAUGGGAGCUGGUCGAGCCUUCGCAGAUGGUGGUGGCGGACAUUGGGGUCGGUGUUUACGUCGAACACCUGUAG